CACUUCGGGCUGCUCCUGCGCGAGGGCGGCAAGGAGCCUGGCAAGACGGGCGUGGACGACGAGAGCAUCCUCUUCGACCUCGAGGGCUGGCUCUCCCCGCUGCUGGCGGCAAUCGAGCUCUGCGCCUUGCCCGAGCAGCCGCCGCUGGGGGAGGCGAUCGCGCUGCUGCAGAAGCUCUUCGCCAGCGCCUGCCGGGAGCUGUCGCUGCAGCGCUUCCGCCCGCGCCUGCAGCGCCCGCUCCGCGUUGGCGCCUCGGGCGACAUGUUGUCGCAGCGGACGUCCUUGCCCGAGAUCCAGCGUCGCGGGCGGCGGAGGUCCACGACGAGUCUCAGCCGCGACACCAGGGAGACAUGGCUGCUGGACGAGCUCGCCUGGAGCCCGCCGGCCGCGCAGGAGCUCGGGGCCUUCGUCGAGGACAACCUGGUGGCGCUCGUCGAGGGCCUCCUCUCCGCGCUGCCGCCUGCUCUCGGAACGCGGGCCAUCGCCACCGGCGGCGAGUCGACGGCCAAUGGCGGCGCAGGCGGUGCCGUGGCGGACGGUGGCCCAGACGCCAUCAGGCGGCACCUGCGGCGGCAGUGCCAGCGCGCAGCGGUCCCUGGUCGCCGGCUGCGGCGUCGGCCUGCGUUGGGGCUGUUCUGCGGGGCCGGCGCGAGCGCUCGUGCGAUGGCGGCGUUGAACUUCGCCGCCUUUGGGCUCGACUGGGGCCGCGGCCCCCUGGGGGGUCGCGCGGCGACAACGUUCCAGACCGUCGACCUCGGCUUGGUCCGCGGGCGCCGUCUGGCUGGACAAGGGCGCUCUGGCGGCCGCUGA